CUUGACGGACAAGGAGAAACUGUGUCUUCAAUGGCUUCGCUGGUGGCUUAUGAUGACUCGGACUCAGAGGCUGAGACUGAGCCUGCGGGCAGUUUUAAUCCUGCCGGCCAGAUGAAAGACGCUUCCGAUGCCGUGAGACCUACUGAGCGGGAUUUUGCCUCGGAAGUCCUGGAUGCGAAGGACGGGGGAGCAGUGCCCACAAGGCAUGGCUCUUGUGAAGACGCAGCCGGCCGUCGUCUCCCUCUGGCUCGGCUCUGGAGCAGUGACUCAGGAUCUUGCCCCAACCAGAGGCUGCAGUGGCCCAGGACAGAGCCUGAGGUCACCUUCCCCACCAGCCAGCCUGUUCGUCCUUCCCUGUGGACCAGCCAUGCUCCAGCUGGCCACGUGCCCCUGGCAGCUGCCCGCCUGAAGCAGGUGAAACUCUCCUGGGGAACUUCUGGCUCCCCUGAGCCAUCUUUCUGUGCCCGAACUGGAUCUGAAGCCCCAGGUGAGAACGGCAGCUCUCUUCCGAGGCAGCGGUGUGCGCACGGUGUUGUGCCCUAUACCCCGAAAAGACUAAGACAGUGGCAGGCAUUAAGCACGGAAACGGGCAAGAGUAAAGACAUGGAGCCCCAGGGUCCCUGUGCCCGGCGCGCCCCAGCCCCUCUCUGUGUGGCGCCCCAAGUGUCCGAGUUUAUUCAGCCGUAUUUGGACAGUCAGUAUAAGGAAACCAAGAUUCCCAGGAAGGUACUCUUCCAUCUGAGAGGCCACCAGGGCCCCGUCAACAACAUUCAGUGGUGUCCAGUCUCUUCCAGGAGCCACAUGCUUCUCUCAGCUUCUAUGGAUAAAAGCUUCAAGGUGUGGGACGCCGUGGACUCGGGAAGCUGCUUGCAGACCUACUGCCUGCACAGUGAGGCGGUGCGGGCCGCCCGGUGGUCCCCCUGUGGCCAGCGCAUCCUCAGUGGUGGCUUCGACUUCGCCCUGCACCUAACAGACCUCGAAACAGGAACCCAGCUAUUCAGUGGUCAAAGUGACUUUAGAAUCACUACCUUGAAAUUUCAUCCAAGAGACCACAACGUUUUCGUAUGUGGCGGCUUCAGCUCUGAAAUGAAAGCUUGGGACAUAAGGACCAGCAAGGUGGUGAGAAGCUACAAGGCCACCAUCCAGCAGACCUUGGACAUCCUCUUCCUCCGGGAAGGCUCCGAGUUUCUGAGCAGCACAGAUGCUUCGAGCCGAGACUCUGCCGACCGCACCAUUAUUGCCUGGGAUUUCCGGAGCUCCGCCAAAAUCUCCAACCAGAUUUUCCACGAGAGGUACACCUGCCCCAGCCUCACCUUGCACCCGAGGGAGCCUGUGUUCCUGGCGCAGACCAACGGCAACUACCUGGCCCUCUUCUCCGCCGUGUGGCCCUACCGGAUGAGCAGACGACGGCGCUACGAGGGGCACAAGGUGGAAGGCUACUCGGUGGGCUGCGAGUGCUCUCCAGACGGUGACCUGCUGCUGACGGGCAGUGCCGACGGCCGGGUCCUGGUGUACAGCUUCCGCACCGCCAGCCGCGCCCGCACGCUGCACGGGCACACGCAGGCCUGUGUGGGCACCACCUUCCACCCCGUGCUGCCCUCCGUCCUCGCCACCUGCUCCUGGGAGGGCGACGUUAAGAUCUGGCACUGAGCCUCCCAGCGUGGAACCUUCCAGACACCGGCCGGGGUGGGUGGUCGGUGUGUGUGAUGACGAGGACCUGAGGUUGGCUUCGUGGUCGGGCUCGGGUGGACGCCGCCUUCUCCGCCCUCUGAGCCUCAGUGUCCUCAUCUGUAAAAUGGGGACAAAAUCCCUGUGUCUCGGGGUUCCGAGGGCUACAUUAGCAAAAGCACCUGGCACGCUGCUGGUGAUGCUCAAUAAACGUGAGUGUUUUGC